AUGGCGGAUUCCUGCUUGUGUCCUUGGCGGCCACGUUGGGAAUUAAAUGUUAUGAAUCUUGCAGAGAGCUGUGACCUGGACCAGCAGAGCAUCGUUCACAUUGUGCUGAGACCCCGGAGAAAAGGCCCAGAGGGGCACACACCUCGGGGGCGCUCCGACAGGGAGCCCCAGAGCCUGACUCGCGUGGACCUCAGCAGCUCGGUGCUGCCGGCCGACUCGGUGGGCCUGGCUGUUAUCCUGCAGGACGGCGAGGAGAGCGGCGCCUCGUCAGCCCCCGGGCCAGCAGGUAGACCGACCUACAACAGCUUUUAUGUCUACUGCAAAGGCCCGUGUCAAGGAGUGCAGCCGGGAAAGCUCAGGGCGCGGUGUACCACCUGCCAACAAGCAACGCUCACCUUGGCCCGGGGUCCUUCUUGUUGGGAAGAUGUCUUAAUCCCAAACCGAAUGAAUGGUGAAUGCCAGUCUCCAAACUGCCCCGGGACUAGAGCGGAAUUUUUCUUUAAAUGUGGAGCACACCCGACCUCUGACAAGGAGACGUCAGUAGCUUUGAACCUUAUCACAACAAACAGUCGAGACAUCAGCUGCAUAACGUGUACGGACAUCAGGAGCCCCGUCCUGGUUUUCCAGUGCACCCACCGCCACGUGAUCUGCUUAGACUGUUUCCACCUGUACUGUGUGACCAGACUCAAUGACCGGCAGUUUGUCCACGACCCUCAGCUUGGCUACUCUCUGCCGUGUGUGGCUGGCUGUCCCAACUCCUUGAUUAAAGAGCUCCAUCACUUCAGGAUUCUUGGAGAAGAGCAGUACAACCGGUACCAGCAUUACGGGGCGGAGGAGUGCGUGCUGCGGCUGGGAGGCGUGCUCUGCCCCAGCCCGGGCUGCGGGGCGGGGCUGCUUCCAGAACCGGGUCAGCGGAAGGUCACCUGCGAACCGGGCCACGGCCUGGGGUGCGGGAUAGCUUUGACCUGA